CUGUCGUCACUACGUCACUUCCUACGCGCGACGUACCCCGGCAGACACGCGCCAAAUAAACACGCCAUAAAAAUGAAAAUGACGUUGACCGAGGAAGAGUCCCAAAACAUUCGUAAAUUUGUGUGUUCCCAGCUCCGUGGUGAGCCAGAUCUCAGUACUUUGACUGUAGGAGUCUUGAAGCAGCGGUAUUUAGCCCAUGUCUCCUCUGAUUCUUUGAGCUCUGAGGCUAAAUAUUUGAUGAAGGAGGUGGUGAAGGAGGAGCUGGCCAAAAUGAUGGACAAUGAUAACAGCCCGGAGAAGACUGAGACGAAGCCCUCUUCUAAAAGGAAAAGGGAACAUGCAAGUGAGGAGAGUUCAAGUGAAGCAGACGAUACAUCCAGGGCGAAGAAAUCACGUAAACAGUCGGGAUCCUCAUCUGAAGCAGAUGUUAACAGCAGUGCAGCUAGUGAUCAUUCUGAAGAUGAAAUGGAUGCUAACAGAAAAAAAACUUCUGUAAAACAAAACAAAAAAAAGACUGUGAGCAGUGAGGAUUCCGAUGGUGAAGAGCCAACUGAAUCCCCAAAGAAAGAUACAAGUACAGAGUCAAACAGCAACAAGGAAAAAGUGUUGAAAAAUUCAAGAAAGAAACCAGACAGAAAGAAGAAAGGAUCAGGUAAACAACAGCAAGUCAGCAGUGAUAAAUCUGAUGAGGAAGAACAAAAUGGUCGCCAAAAUAAGAAAUCAGAUAAAGCAAAGGAAAAAUCUAAAGCUGAGGAAAAAAGUGUAUCCAGUGAUGAAAGCGAUGAUCAAAUAGAAGCAGAAACUGCGAAGGAAAAGAGAUUAAAGAAUGAAAGGAGUGACAACUUUCCAAAAGAGGAAAAUGACUCCUCUGAUUCAAAAAGUGAAACGAAAAAAACUCAAAUUAAAAAGGUCAGUAAAGAACAAGAUAAAGUGAGUAGUGAUACUUCUGAUGAUGAGCAGGAAAAACAAAACAAAAAAGCAAAACCACAAAACGAAAGUGAAGAUGGCUCCUACUCGGAUCAUUCAGUUAAAAAGGCUAAAAAUGACACGUCUUCAGAUGAAAGUAGUAAAGACAAUGGAUCCAUGAAGAAAGUUGAGGAGCCGGACUCUGAUUCCUCUUCACUCCCUUCUUUGGAAGAUGAAACGGACAAUAAAAAAGAAAAGAAGGAAAAGGCUGAAUUUGCCAUGAAAAAGGGGGAGAAGAAGGGAGAGAAAAAGGAGAAAAAAGCACGUGAAAAGGAGGAGGCCAAAUCUGUUGUUAGGCUCAAACGCUACAUCGGUCUUUGUGGGGUCAGAAGGAAUUAUAAGAAAAUGCUAGAAAACUGCCGCUCUAUUCGAUCCAUAGUGGAGAGAUUAAACAAAGAGCUUGAAGAUCUUGGAGUCAAAGGCAGGCCUACUAUAGAAAAGUGCAAAAAGGUCCGAAAGAAAAGGGAGAGGGCCCAGGAACUGUCCGAGCUUGAUACCAGCAACAUAAUAACAUCACAAGGUCGACCCAAACGGCACGCUGCUUUAUCCUGGCAUGAACAGAAAGAGCCACCAUCGUCUACUUUUCAGCGCACACUGGACUCUGGGUCUGACAGCGACCAGCAACAGUCGCACAAAAGCAGGAGAAAAACAGACUGGAAAAACCUCCAAGGAAUUAUUAGUGACAAUGAGGAGAGUGACUAAAAGAAAUACACAGUGAAAUGUAUUGUCAUGUUAGUAACCUUUUAUAUGUAUGUUUACUGUGUUGCCAUGUUUGUUUUUUAUACAAUUUUGU